AGAACGCCUGGAUCCAGACAAGCCGUCUUCCUCUUCUUCCACCUCCGUCAGGAUGAAGAACCAAAAGAAAAGAAGACGGUGUAUUUUCCUCUUACUUUUCCUGGUUACUCUUCUUCUGUCUCCCUCUCUGGCAAGGCAAACUGACUACGCUCCCUAUUUCUAUGACAACGGACCGAGCAGCACCAAUGGGAAUAUGGCUCUGUUCAGUAUCUCAGAAGACACAGAAGUCGGAACACAACUAUAUAUCCUAAACGGUACCGACCCAGAGGGGGAUGCCGUGUGGUUUGGCCUGACCUUUGAGAAGGGCACCAGAGAAUACCUGAGAGUGGACCCUAAGUCAGGAAACAUAACUCUCAUUCAGGAACUAGACAGAGAGAAACAAGGUGAAAUCUUGGCUUUUGUUAGCAUAACAGAUGGUCGGAAUAAGGUUGUCGAGACGAUACGGGUGUUUGUCACCGACGCCAACGAUGAGCAACCAGAGUUCCAGAACCUGCCUUUCACCGUGGACGUCCCCGAGGACACCGCAGCUGGAAGCAGCAUUUACAGAAUACAAGCGGUGGAUAAAGACAUGGGCUCUGGAGGCAGUGUCAACUACUAUUUACUGGGCACCACUACUACCAGGUUCACCAUGGACGGCCACAGUGGGGUCCUGCGGAUCAAACCAGGCGAGACGCUCGACUACGAGACCACAGCAACACACUUUGUGAUAGUGGUUGCCAAGGAUGGGGGCGGGCAGUACAAAGGGAAGCAUCAGGUGUUGACAUCUACAGCCACCAUAACCAUCAACGUCCUCGACGCCCAAGACACUCCUCCAGCCUUCGUUGGAACUCCUUACUUUGGCUACGUCUACGAGGUCUCACUUCCUGGUUCUGAAAUAUCCACUGUGUUUGCCAAAGAUGGAGACGAAGGAAACCCUAAUUCUAUUCAUUACUCUAUUACCAAUGGCAGUGAGGGUGUCUUCACCAUCAAUAGCACAAGUGGUUGUAUCAGCCUAACAGCUUAUCCAGUCACGCUGAGGAAUGAAUUAUAUGAAAUACAAGUCAAAGCCACUGAGCUGGGGCCGAGUGAGGAGCUGUUGGACUACUAUACCAUGACUGUGGUGACGGUUCGAGUGGUGGACCUCAACAACCACCCUCCUACCUUCUACGGAGAGAACGGGCCCCAGAGCCAGUUCGAGGUGACCAUGUAUGAGCACCCUCCAGAGGGGGAGAUCCUCAGGGGGCUGAAGAUAACAGUCAACGACUCUGAUCAGGGUGCGAAUGCUAAAUUUAAACUGAGGUUGGUGGGGCCUGGUCACGUACUCAGAGUGGUGCCCCAGACGGUCCUCAAUGAAGCACAGGUCACCGUCAUCGUUGAAGACUCUGCUGCCAUCGAUUACGAAAAAGGCAAAUCCUUAACAUACAAGUUACUAGCGGUGGAGAUUGACACCCCUGAGAGGUUCAGUGCGACGGCUGAUAUUGUGAUUCAUCUUUUGGACACCAAUGACAACACUCCCAGAUUCACCUCAGAGUAUUACAUCGCACGUAUCCCGGAAAACUCCCCCGGAGGCUCCAACGUUGUGUCUGUCACCGCCAAUGAUCCAGACUCUGGCCUUUGGGGUGAAGUCAAGUACUCCAUCUAUGGAUCCAGAUAUGAUUUGUUUCUCAUCCAUCCGUCUUCAGGCAUCAUAUACACCCAGGCCUGGGCCAUUCUGGAUGCUGAGGUCAAGUCCAAGUACAACUUCUACGUGAAGGCAGAGGACACAGAGGGAAAGUACAGCCUGGCGGAGGUGUUUGUCACUGUCCUGGACAUCAACGACCAUGCUCCAGAGUUCGAUGACAGCCUUGUGGAGAGGACCAUGGUCAUUGGUGCACCUGUUAAAGUAGAGGCAAUAGAUGCCGAUGCAGGGUCGCCCAAUAACAUCAUUGAGUAUUCCAUCAUGCAAGCUGAGCCGGACAACAUCUUCGACAUCAACGCAGAGACUGGAGAGAUCAAGCUGAAGUCGUACAUCAAGUCCAUGGAGAUCGUGCAGAACAUCACCAAGCAGAAGGACUGCAGGUGGUCUCUGGUGGUCCAAGCCCGGGACCGAGGGUCUCCGUCCUUCAGCACUACCGCCGUGGUCAACAUCGACAUCACUGAGGCGACUCAAAUCAAUGGGCCUAUGGCAGACUUUUUAUUGCAAAGUAGGGACAACCCAAUGAAGGCCCUUGGCAUGGUCGCUGGUGUCAUCAGCAUAUUGGUAGGGGUCACUGUCUUGAUCUCCACGGCUACGUUCUUGCGCAACACCAAGUCCAACAGGAUAAUGCCGGCACGUCGCAUCGUCAUCAGACGGAGACUGCCAAGGGACCGCAAGCCGUGGACUUUUAACGUACCGUUCCGUGGUAGCGGAAAUGACUCGUCAAACAAGUUCAUUGUAGGCGACCAGGAAGCAGGGAGUGUCAACGUAAACCUCAACAACAAAGGCGGCCCCCGGUGCUCCAGGUCAAAACCCAAGCCUACGCCCCCUAGAGCUCCCUGCCUGCCCCCUCCAUCCUGCCCUCCUCCGUCCUCCAACCCCAGGCCCAGUGAGAGGCCCCGGCACUGGGCAGCAGUGCCCACCGUCUCUGGGGGCCUGACCUGUACUGGUUCCAGGAGUUCCAGCCAGAGCAGGGAGAUCAACAUCAGCUCUGACACUUCUAGGAUCCCCGUCAGCUCAGCCCUGGUCUCUGAACUCAAAAUGAGACUAGAGCAGAAAAUCAUUGAGAGCAACUCAAGCUAUUAUUAAAUCUGAUUAUUGUAGUGUGUUUUCACUUUAACCAAUCUGUCAGUAAUUGUCUCGACUUCUGAAGGUUACUCAGUCCUAGGAUUGUAAAACUGCAAAUGUAAAGGAAGGUUGAGGACAGCAGGUUCAUUUCCUUUAAAAUGUUAUUGACGACACAAUUUCAAAGCAAGUCCUUUGUCAAAGCAAUGUUCCAACACAUUUUAUUGAACCUAUUUAAUCCAACCACUUCUACAUGUGUUCUUAAAGAUGUUAACAUCACGUUGGAUACUUGGGCCCUGGUCCAGAAUAGUGCAGUAUUUAGGGAAUAGGGUGCCUCUUGGGAUGCACACUCUGUCAUCCAGCAUUAGAAAUACCUAGACAUGUUUCUGCGCUGCCAUCUUGAAGAUCAUGUAAUGGGAUGCUUGUUAGAUAAAUCUUUUGCAUUGCUGCCAUCUUGAGGGAAACAUGUUAACAAGAAUGUCCGAGGGGGAACUACUGAGCCAUGUCUGAGGGAAGGAUUACUGAGCAUUUAUGUGUAUACAGAACUGAACGUGUGUUCCUGACGUUUCCUGAAAAGUUGUAUUUUAUUUGCUUAAGAUCAUGUAAUGUUUUCAUUUAAUAGUGCUAUAAUAUAGAAUACGGAUUAAUGUUUAAACUAUGUUGCCUGGCAAAUGUACUCACUUUGACUUGUUCAUCAAAGUGAUGAUGCAGUGAUAAUGCAGUGAUAAUGCAGAUAACGGUAUAUAAGACAGCUAUAAAAUAUGAGAUAUUCUUGACAGGAUAAAUGCCGUUGCUUUUAAACAUGAAGUGCUCAUAGA